GGAAACUGUGCUGACAGAAAAGCAGCCGAUUCUCCAGACAGUGUGGAGUGAAAUGUUUUGGAUUUAGGAAACUCUCUGCAGACGCGCAAGAAAAGGGGCGCAGCACUUCUCGCGGUUUAAGGCGCUUUACGCAGGAUCACGGAAAAGAAAAAAUCGACUGCUGAGGGUCAGAUUUGUGACACAAAUUGCAGAACCUAUUUUUUGGGGGCGUUAUCUUUGUCUCUAAAGUCUGUUUUUUUUUUUUUUUUUUUCUCAAAUUAUGCCACGUUUGAGAUUACGCAUGUGAUGGGCUGAGCGUCCUCCUCCUCACAUUACGCACAGACCAGACACAGCGACCGACGAGAGAAAAGUUGCAGAAGUUGUUUUCCUGUGUUUCCUUGUGCAUUAUUCGGAACAUUUCCUUGGUCUGAAGUUCUGGUGCCUGCUGUCCCGACCCGCCCCAGCAUGCUGGACUGAGGUCUGAGGAAUGGCAUCGGCUGUGUUCGAAGGGACGUCUCUGGUCAACAUGUUUGUCCGGGACUGUUGGGUCAACGGGAUCCGGAGACUCAUCAUCAGCCAGCGGGGAGAGGAAGAGGAGUUCUUCGAGAUCAGGACUGAGUGGUCCGACAGGAAUAUUCUGUAUUUGCAUCGGAGUUACGCGGAUUUGGGUCGGCUGUUUAAGAGACUGGUGGAGUCUUUUCCAGAGGACAGAAGAGAUCUGUCCAAGUGUCCACUGAUAGAAGGUCUGGUGAAAAUCAAAGAGGCACAUGACAUAGAGGAGAAACUGAACGAGGUGGAGAGGCUACUGAAGAAUGCAAUCAACAUGCCGUGCAAAUAUUCCAGGUCAGAGGUGAUGUUGACAUUCUUUGAGCGCUCGCCGUUGGACCAGGUCCUGAGGAACGACAAAGUCCACAGAAUCCAGCCCUGUUUUCAGAGUCCGAUCAAGAUAUCAGAAAUCAUGCGAUCCAAUGGAUUCUGCUUGGCCAAUACAGAAACGAUUGUGUUUGAUCAUAAUCUUGAAGAGGAAAAAGAGAGACCUUCAUCCACGGACUCUGCAGAACAUACGUAUGAGGAUGGAACAGAGUUUUUGCCAUUGGAAGCAGAUGUGUGUGAUGAGGAAACAGAAGCAUAUGUCACCAACCUUUCCUAUUACCACCUGGUUCCAUUUGAGACCGACAUCCUGGAGUGACACAAUAGAUGGACAUCUGAUGCUAUCGUUAAGAAAUACGCACCCUUAAAUGGAACCUAGCUAUCCACUUAUUAAGGGAACAUGCUGCAUGUAGCUGUUAUCUCAAUGUAUGUACACAUGUACAAUACACACA